AUGGCUGGCAUCAUCGCAUGGCCGGCUGUUAUCCUCCACUGCGCUACUAGCUUCGGUUUGCCUAUUCUUUUCGUCUCGUGUGCUUUCAUCCUUGGCCUCAGACAAUCGACUACCUCUAGGACAAGCACUGCGAAGAUGGCGCCGGUUCCGACUACGCCUGCUUCUUCGAAGAACACUACUUUCUGGACCCCAACCGUCAUUGUGGCGGUUAUAUCUAUCCUCCUCCUGGUUUUUUCGGCCGUCGGCGCGACCGCCUUCUUGAUCCACCUUCGCUACCGUCCCCGCAUCCGAACGCGCUCGAACGCCCAGGCUCAAGAUAUCCCCGAGGACGUUCCUGAAGAUAAAGUUCAAGGCGAACAUGCCGCUCAUCUUGACACCAACCCAUCCGCCAUAUGGUCUGGUUUGAUGCCUUCGACUCGCUCUCGGCCGACGUCUGGGUCCAGGCCUCCUGAGCCCGAGUUUCCCUGGCCUGUACUCGCUGUGCUCCCGGCACUCCGCCCCAAGGAACCCAUCCACGCACGGCUCAAGAAAACUAUGUUGUGGUGGGAAAAAGACGAAGUCAAGCAUGAGCCAUUUACCGUCGCCGACGUCAUGAGAGCGAUCGAAGAGGUGAGUGGGCACACGGAAGGCGUCCCUCAGCCAGAUUCCGCGAACAAGUUGGAGGGAGCAUCUCCUGCUUUCUAUCAGGACAUGCCUGAAAUCGUCGUCCAUCCGUGCGAUGGCACGCCGUCUUUCUCUCCAGCUGAAGACGACUCGAGUCUGGCCAUCACCUCUGCGUCUCUGCCGACCAAUGAGAUAGACGUAUCAGAUAUGUCUAUCGCCACCAUGCCCUUGACGAGCCCUACAGAUGGCUCGUACUCUGAGCCCGGAACUCCCCUCGUCGCGACGCCUCUCGAGGAAUCCUUUUCGCUGCCGUCCGUCGCAUUCACGAAGUCUCUCCGGGUUCCGAUCGACUCAAUCACCGCUCCUCACGAGAGUAUCGCCGUCAACUUCUCCAACUUCUCCGGGCAGAAAUUCGUAUUGUCUGCCCCACCUUCGACGCGAUUCUUCCCUGGCCGCAGCAAACGUUCCAACGUCGGCCCACCAAUCGGCCUCGGCCUCUUGUCUCCGAGAGCUCUAGGGACGACGGGUUUAGGACUGCUACCCGCACUCAAAGAAAUCUCCGAGGACGACGAGACUGGUUCCUGCGAGCACCCCUACUCAGCAUUCCGCUCUGAUAGCUCCGUGGCUGACCUCGUCCCAGCCCUCGAAUAUAUCGUUACUAACACCGUCAAAUCCGUCCCCUCGGGGUCCACUCACGCCCAGAUCGUGCCGUCCCACAGUACGUCUUCAUCGGAUAUCAGCGCUGUCGAUGCUUCCGGUUGCGCCUCGCAGUCGUCGUCGUAUUCUCGGUCGACGUGGGACAGCAACGAUCCCCUGAGCGAGCGGCUGACGCGCCUGGUCAGAGCGUUCGCCACCCCCACCCCUCCGGGUGGCGAGGAGAGCGACGAGGAAGCCGAACAGGCUUUCAGGGACACGUCCGCGUCCGAGGACGGGAACUCAAUUGAGUGCUACGCCAACCUCGACGCGUGGAUGUGA